CCCCAGUGAAUCAGGCCCGGCGGCGGCGAGCCCAGGACUGGGGGGAGGGGGGCGGCGCUUCCCUCCCCUUUUGUAGCCGCGGUGCAGGGCGUCUCUGAGCCGAGCGCGAUGGAGGAGGACACGGCGCGCUGCGCGGUGCCCAGCUUGUCCCGGGCCGCCGGCCGGCGCCUGGCCUGGGUCCUGGUCAUCUGCCUGGUGGCUUCGGUCUCCUACUUGGUCUCCUACUUCCACUGCACCCAGCGCUGCGAAGGGCAGCCUCGCCCGCUGGAGCCCCAGAGGGACGCAGCGGAGCUGCAGCUGAACCUCACAGGUCCCAGGCAGGACCCCAGGCUGCGCUGGCAGGCGGACCCCGCCUUGGGCCGCUCUUUCCUGCGUGGCCCAGUGCUGGACGAUGGGCAGCUGCGUGUCCACCGCGAGGGCGUCUACCAGCUGCACGUCCAGGUGACCCUGGCCAAGUGCUCCUCAAGGGACAUCAGGCACCGCAAUGCCACCCUGGCCGUGGGGCUCUGCUACCCCGCUGCCCGCAGCAUCAGCCUGCUGCGCCUGGGCUUUGGCCAGGCCUGCACUGUGGCCUCGCAGCGCCUCACGCCGCUGGCCCGUGGGGACGUCCUCUGCGUAAACCUCAGCCUGCCGCUGCUGCCCUCCCCCAACGCUGAUGAGACCUUCUUGGGCAUCCAGUGGGUCAGCUCCUGACCUCACCCUGCUGAGCUGCACUGCUUGCUUUCUGUAAAUACAUAUAUGCUCCAAUUUC